AGUAGCCGCUAUCCUGAAGUGUCUCUUCAACACUUACAUCGACAGACUAGUAGAGAUAGAUGCUUUAGUACAAUCUCGUUUUGAUGUCUUAUUAGAGACAAUAUUUACUUCAACGUCUUCUGGAAUCGUUUAGUAAUGGCCACUGCAACUAUGGCCACGGCAGCCGGUGCAGCAGCUCUUUUGUACUAUUCAUUGAACCGUAAGUUACCGUCGAAUAGGUCUCAUGGAGAUGAUGAAGAUGAGGAAAAUGGUAGUGAUGCUAUUAAUGACGCUCCUUUGGGCAUUGACCGUGUUUCGCAUAGGCUAAUUCAAGCUCCUGGUACAUGGUUAGAGACGAUUUCGACUUUGUCGGAGACCCUUCGGUUCACAUACUCUGAAACUCUUGGAAAGUGGCCCAUCGGGGAUUUGGCAUUCGGGAUCAGUUUUCUUCUUAAGAGGCAGGGAAACUUACAUGUUGGGAGUGUGUUUGGUGGUGGAGACAGUUUACUGCUCAAGGGACCAGAUAUAACUGCUGAACUUAGAUACCUUUUGAACUUGUUGACACUAUGUUGGCAUUUUUCAAAAAAGCCAUUUCCUUUGUUUUUAGAGGAGACUGACUAUUCCAAAGAGAGUGUUCUCCUCCAUGAACCCAAAGCAGGAAUCUUAAAGCCAGCUUUCACAAUUCUAGUUGACCACAGAAUGGGAUGUUUUCUCCUAUUGAUUCGUGGGACACAUAGUAUUAAGGAUACUCUGACGGCUGUAACAGGGGCUGUUGUACCAUUCCACCACAGUGUUGUUCAUGAGAGAGGCGUUAGCAAUUUGGUUUUAGGUUAUGCACAUUGUGGGAUGGUUGCGGCUGCUAGAUGGAUUGCGAAACUUGCUAGUCCUUGUCUAAUUAAAGCACUCGGUGAAUAUACAGGUUAUAAAAUAAAGAUCGUAGGACACUCUUUAGGUGGAGGCACUGCAGCACUUCUAACAUAUAUACUCCGAGAGCAGAAAGAAUUCUCGUCAACCACCUGUGUUACUUUUGCUCCAGCUGCUUGUAUGACAUGGGAAUUGGCAGAAUCUGGCAAUGAUUUUAUUACUUCUGUUAUAAAUGGAGCUGACUUGGUACCUACAUUCUCAGCUGCUGCAUUUGAUGACUUGCGUGCUGAGGUGACAGCGUCGGCUUGGAUAAAUGAUCUGAGGAAUCAGAUUGGGCGUACAAGAAUUGUCAGUACUGUCUACCGUUCUGCUUCAGCUCUGGGUUCUCGUCUUCCAUCUGUUGCCAGUGCUAAAGCAAAAGUUGCUGGGGCAGGGGCAAUUUUGCGCCCAGUUUCCAAUGGUACACAGAUUGUGAUGAAGAGAGCUCAGAGCAUGGCUCAGGCAGCAUGGACCCGUCCUGCCCUUAGCUUUUCUUCUUGGUCGUGCAUGGGUCCCCGUCGUCGGGCCACUGUUACUCAUACUAACUCAAAUGAGGAGGGGAGUUCUCCUGAAUCUUCUGCUACCAAUAUAGAAGCUUCUGAGCACUUCCUUUUGCCCCCUGAGGAAACCACAACCACAACCACAACCACAAUUGCUUUUGAAUGUCCUGUAUCUUCGUCUAUAGGAAUGGAAUGGACAGCAGAAAGUGAACUUUCUUAUUCUGAUGAAAUAGACCCCGACGCUUAUGGGGAUGCUGAUCUCACCGAUGGUGAAGAUGUCAUUGGCCAUAACAGUCAUGAAGACUGCAUAACUGAAGUUGAGCUAUGGCAACAGCUUGAGCAUGAGCUUUAUGAUAGGCCAAAAGGUCAGGAGGCUGACGUGGCAAAGGAAAUACUAGAAGAAGCAGUAGCAGCCAUUGCAGAGGUAGGUGAGGACCAGCCAGAGAGCUCUACGCGAGAAAUAAAAGAAGUACACAGAUUUUUCCCUCCAGGGAGGAUCAUGCAUAUUGUUACCCUUCACUCUGAUGGGUCCGCAUGUGAAAGUGACAGUGGCCCUACCGCCAGUAGCUCAGACAAUGGCAAGGUAGAAGAGACUAAAGUUGGAAUUUUCCUCACUCCAAGAUCGCUGUAUAGUAAAUUGAGGUUGUCACAAACCAUGAUUAAUGAUCAUUUCAUGCCUGUCUACAGAAGGCAGAUUGAAAGAUUAAUAAAAGAAUUUGAAAAGGAAGAAGGCGUUGACCAUAAGACUGGAGAAGUUUUAUAGGGAAAGAGAUUAUUUCAACAGAUGAAAUAAGAACAACACCAAAAGGAACCCAAGAUGUUUACCUUAUUGAUUUUGAAGCCAAGCUAACUAGAAGCCACCAGAACUUAAUGUAAAGCCCCAAGUGGUAAACCAAGGAACUAGACUGAUCGAACUCGUUUAUGCUGCUCUGAAAAUUAUCCCUGUCUGGAAUGUCAUCUCAGUUAUGUGUACGGUAACUUUAAUUGAAGUCCACUGUAAAUUUAGUUUUGAGGUUACAAACUUAGUAUCUUGUUCUCAAUCGAUUGUUUUGAUACAACGGUUCUGUCUUUGUUCAUUCCUCCAUAGAAAAUUUAACUAAUGCAAUUUUCGUGUA